UUGAGGAACUGGUCUGUGCACGGAUCAGGAAACAAAUUUAUCGAUUAAGACCUGCAUCUCAAGUAUGUCUGACGGAGAACAUCGCCCGCUUUUACGCAGUGACUCUAGCACAAGUUCAAAUUUCCAAAAUGAGAGCCCUCUUACGUUUUCAAGCAAAUGGGGCCUUGUUUUGUCGUGCUUGGGCUGCGUGAUAGGGACAGGAAACAUCUGGAGAUUUCCAAGGAUAGUCGCGAACAACAGUGGAGACGAAGGUGGACUCCAGUUUUUGUUGGUGUGGUUAUUGUUCCUUGGUCUGUGGUCAAUACCAGUGAUCCUGAUAGAAUAUUCUGUUGGCCGAUAUACAAGAAAAGCUCCUGUGAAAUCAUUCAGAGUGCUCCUUGGACCCUGGUCAUUAUGGUGUGGGGGAUGGAUGGUUGCAGUUGUUAUUUGCAUUGCGUCUUAUUAUUCUGUGGUGGUUGGUUGGUGUCUUUAUUAUCUCUUUUAUUCCAUCUCCCAUCAACUGCCUGAAUCGUUAAAAGCAAGCCAAAAUAUUUGGAAUGAAUUAAAGAAUCACAAGUGGUUACCUGUCCUUCUUCUCUUUUUAAGCCUGUCAUUGGCUGGCUUCUCAGUGACCAGAGCUGUGUCAUCUAUUGAACGAGUGAACAGCAUCAUCAUGCCACUUCUAUUAUUUGUACUGUUGGUGUCAUUCUAUUGGUCACUGACUUUGGAAUAUGCAUCAUAUGGGAUUACUUACCUCUUUACACCAGACUGGGCUGAAUUGAAAACCCUACGUCUGUGGGUGGAUGCAGCUUCUCAGAAUGCUUGGGAUACAGGUGCCGGUUCAGGGUUAUUUUUAACAUAUGCAACAUACAUGUCCAGACAGAAUAGCGUGGUCAAAUUAGGAAUCCUUCUUCCACUUUGUAACAAUUUAGUGAGUUUAUUAAGCGCUAUAACACUUUAUUCCACGGUAUUUUCUAUCAAGAUGAAAGAGGGUGCUAAUAAAACUGAAAUCGCACUGCUAUUAAGAGAGGAUGGCUUUGCCAAUACGGGACUCACCUUUCUUUGGAUGCCAGUUCUUUACAAGCAGCUUGGAAUUCCAGGGCGUGUUCUAUCGUCGCUGUUUUUUCUCUGCUUAUCUCUUGGGGGUAUCACUUCACUUUUGGCUAUGAUAGAAUUGCCUGUUCGUACGCUUCAGGAGAUGCAAGUUCCUCGAAAGUAUGGCCUCCCUGUAGUGUUAUUGGUGUUGUUCUGUUUUGGCUUACCAUCAGCACUGGAUUUGAACAUCCUUGUUAAUCAGGAUUUUGUGUGGGCGUUUGGUCAAGUCCUCGCUGGUGUUGUUUCAAUAUCAUUACCCAUUCUUUAUGGAGUGACCAAAUUUAGGGAGGAUCUAGUCAAUCAGUUUGGACUUGACGACUGGAAACUUCCAAAGAUUUGGGAUUAUAUCGUAAAUUUUCUUGAUCCCGUGAUAGCAGUUGCCUUGUUAGUGUCAUUUGUGGCUGACACUGUCAGCAAUGAUAAAUCGGAUUGGUAUAAGUUUAAAAGAGAAUCACUUAUGUGGUGUUUUGUCGAGUGGCUUUUUGUACUUUUGCUGUUGUUGCUGUUGAAUUUUUUAUGGAUCUUUCGUCGUCGUACUCGCGGAAGAAUUCGUAGAAUAUCCAGAAUACGUGACUCUUGAGUGAAAAAUAACAAUCAUGAUAUCACAUAUUUCUAAUUAAUGUAUUCGAUUUUAAUUCUCACAGUUAAGUUAUUUAGAUAUCAUUUUUAGUUUACCUCCAUUUUAGUAUUGAUUCGUUACGCUAUGUGAUUGGUCAAGAGAAUUCGCGCCAAAUUCUAAACCAAUCAGAUGCAAACUAAAACCAGUCGUGACUUGGUCACCCUUGUUUUCUCGUGCUGGGUGAUUCUCUUUGUUAUUAUUGGUCCUUACUAUUUCCUUGGCUUGAUUAUAUCACUCCGAAUUAAAAACCGCGCUUAAGUUCUAAAACUCUGCUGUGAUGUUAUGAGCAUA